CAAGCUAUCUUACAGAAGAACAAUCUAAGGAACAAAGUAAUACAUUGUCCACAGGAAGCCUACGAUAGCACUCUGCCUCUCAUCAAAACCGUGGUGGCAGCAGCUAUUAUAGAUCGGGACCGGAUAGCUGUUGGGACAGAGGAAGGACUGUAUGUAAUAGAGGUUACAAGAGAUGUGAUUGUUCGAGCGGCGGACUGUAAGAAAGUAUACCAGAUAGAACUGGCCCCCAAAGAAAAGAUUGUUGUCCUUGUAUGCGGUCGGAAUCGCCACGUCCACUUGUUCCCCUGGGCUUCUCUGGAUGGCUCUGAGGGCAGCUUCGACAUCAAAUUGCCGGAGUCCAAGGGCUGCCAGCUCAUCAUUACUGGGACACUAAAGAAAUCACCCUCCUCUUGUUUAUUUGUCGCUGUCAAGCGUCAAAUCUUUUGCUAUGAAAUCCAGAGAACUAAACCAUUCCAUAAAAAGUUCAAUGAGAUCCUGGCCCCAGGUAUUGUUCAGUGGAUGGCCGUUUUUAAGGACAAGCUUUGCAUCGGCUACCAGUCUGGGUUCUGCUUACUAAACAUCCAUGGAGACGGACAACCGAUAAACCUGGUCAACCCCAAUGACACCUCCUUGGCGUUCCUUUCCCAGCAAGCUAUGGAUGCUCUGUGGUGCGCUGUGGAGCUUGGGAAGGACGAGUACUUGCUUUGCUUCAGUCAGACGGGAGUGUACGUGGACUCGCAAGGUCGAAGGUCACGCUUGCAGGAACUGAUGUGGCCAGCCACUCCUGUUGGUUGCAGCUGCAGCUCCUCUUAUGUCACCGUGUACAGUGAAUAUGGAAUCGACGUGUUUGAUGUUCACACCAUGGAAUGGGUACAGACCAUCGGGCUAAGGAGGAUCAAGCCAUUAAACUUGGAAGGUUCUCUGAACCUGCUGAAUUCCGAGCCAGCCCGCCUCCUGUAUUUGAAGAGUGUAUAUUCAGAAGGAGCCAGUCUUACUGUGCCAGAGACCUCCGACAACAGCAAGAAGCAGAUGGUUAGGACCAGGAGUAAGAGGAGAUUUGUCUUCAAAGUGCCCGAAGAGGAGAGGUUACUGCAACGCAGGGAAAUGCUCAGAGAUCCUGAAUUAAGGUCAAAGAUGAUCUCAAACCCAACCAAUUUCAACCACGUGGCUCACAUGGGACCAGGAGAUGGGAUGCAAGUUCUCAUGGACCUGCCUCUGAGUGUAGUUCCAUCAUCCCAGGAGGAAAAUACGCGGGAGAGGACUCGCCCACCUUCCACCAAUCUGGCCCGACAGCAGCAGCUGAGGAGCAGAUCCUAUAUCUCAUGGCCGUCUUCAGGUGGCGGAGAUUCAUCGCGGAGUAUAUCAGACGCAGAUCAAGAUCUGGAAAGAGAGCCGGAUUCAGAUUCCACAAAGCAUUCCACUCCAUCCAACAGCUCCAACCCAAGCGGCCCACCAAGCCCCAACUCCCCGCAUAGGAACCAGCUGACGCUAGAUGGCCUGGACCAGUCGGCCUGCGACGCAUAG